AGUCCAGCAUGAACCGCAAGAACGCCAAGUACCUGCUCAAAGGCGAGUCAGCUGGCAAGGUCUUCCGGGUCAACGCAGACACGGGGGACGUGUAUGCGUUUGAGAGGCUGGACCGGGAGAAGGUGUCCGAGUACCACCUGGUCGCCCUCGUCGUGGACAAAGACACCGAUAAGAACCUGGAAUCUCCAUCCAGCUUCACCAUCAAAGUCCACGACAUCAAUGACAACUGGCCUGUGUUCACACACAGGCUGUUCAACUCGUCCGUGCCCGAGAUGUCAGCUAUGGGAACUUCGGUCAUCCGUGUGACAGCGGUGGACGCAGAUGACCCCACAGUGGCAGACCACACCUCUGUCAUGUACCAGAUCCUGAAAGGAGAUGACCACUUUGGCAUCGAUGAAUCCGGUCUGUGGGAUUUGCCCUUGUGGGCAUGCACCACCUGGGUGUGGGGGAGGGGAAGACACACCCCAGGUUCAGAUGCUGAGGGACGCCUAGGCUGGCAG